AUGCUGCAACUUCUGCAACUAAAGGGGCUUUUCAGCGGACUAGCUCAUGAGGACCCACACGAGCAUCUUCAAAACUUCGUAGACGUGUGUGGACCAUUCUCAUUCAAAAACAUUUCUUUGGAAUUAGUACGAUUGAGGCUAUUUGCUUUCUUAUUAAUGGGUGAGGCGUGCAAGUGGUUAGCCGAGUUGCCACGUAACUCAAUCACUUCGUGGGAGGAGUUUGUGAAUGCAUUCAAUGUGAGAUUUUUCCCUCCUUCGAAGAUGAUGACUAUCCGGGAUAGCAUCCAAACCUUUAAGCGUAUGAAUGGUGAACCUCUGCACAAAACCUGGCUCAGAUUUAAAAAAUGGGUGCAACAUUGUCCAACACAUGGUCUUCCUUACAAUGUGCUCCUUCAAUACUUCUACCGGAGUCUAGACUCGGUAAACAAGGGUGUAGCUGAUCAACACUUACCCGGUGGCUUAAUGCAACAACCAUACGCAGUGGUAGCUCAACUUCUUGAUGGUAUGACAACCAUCAAUAGGACAUGGUACUCCCGCGAAGAUCAAGUCUCACCGAUCACAUUUCAGCUUUAUAAGAAGCAGGUUGAAAAAGACAACGUGAGAGAUCAAAAUAUGGCCAAGAUCAUGACACUACUUGAUAUUCUAUCCAAAAAUGCCAUAGGGGCUGGUGCCAGUAGUAUCAAUGUUGUGGGAGUCGGGUGUGCAAAUCAUGAGGAGGCAAGUUUUGACACCUUGUAUAAUGAAGAGCCAGACCGUUACUUCCCAUUCGUUUUCAAUCAAGCAGUUGGAGACCCAAAUGGGUCACAUCUCGUUGCACCUAAAUCCGAGAUAGUAAGGGGGCUUGCCUAA